AUGGCGAGGAUUCUCCAGGUUGUGGCGCCGCUCCUCCUGCUCCUGCUCCCCACUGGCCUCCGGGAGCUCCUCUCGCCCACGACGACGAUCGACCACCAGCCGUCGGAGGGUGCUGCCAACGGCGGCGGAACAACGACCGGCGGCGGCGAGGUCCUCCUCCACCCGCUGGUGCUGGUUCCCGGGCUGACCUGCAGCGAGCUGGAGGCGCGGCUCACGGACGCCUACCGCCCCUCCGUGCCGCGGUGCGGCGCGAUGAAGGGGAAGGGCUGGUUCGGGCUCUGGGCCAACUGCUCCGACCUGCCCGCGCACCACUACGUGCAGUGCUUCAUCGAGCAGAUGACCCUCGUCUACGACCCCGCCGCCAACGACUACCGGAACCUCCCCGGCGUCGAGACGCGCGUCCUUAGACACGAGCUCGAAAAGGCCGGGUACCGCGACGGCGACACCCUGUUCGCCGCCCAGUACGACCUCCGCUACGCCCCGCCGGUGCCCGGCCAGUCAUCGGAGGUGUUCUCGCGCUACUUCCGGCGGCUGACGAGGCUCAUCGAGGACGCGAGCGAGAAGAACGAGAACAAGAAGGUGAUCCUCUUCGGGCACAGCUUCGGGGGGAUGGUGGCGCUGGAGUUCGUGCGGAGCACGCCCAUGUCGUGGCGAGACAGGUACAUCAAGCACCUCAUCCUCGUCGCUCCGGUGCCGGCGGAAGGGCUCGUGCAGACGCUGCACUACUUCGUCUCCGGGUCCGACCUGAUGUACAUCCCCACGGUCGCCCAGCUAUCGCUGACGCUGAGGCCCAUGUGGAGGAGCUUCGAGUCCUCCAUCGUCAACAUCCCGUCCCCGUCGGUGUUCGGGGACAGGCCGCUCGUGGUCACCGCGCGGAGGAACUACUCCGCCUACGACGUGGAGGACCUCCUGGCCGACAUCGGCUUCGGCGCCGGCGUGGAGCCUUUCACGAGACGAGCGGUCCCGAAGAUGACCUCCUUCCAGGCCCCCAUGGUGCCGACGACGUGCAUCAACGGAGUGGGCAAUAACGACACGCCGGAGCAGCUGGUUUACUGGGACGGCGACUUCGACGCGGAACCCGAGAUAGUGUAUGGCGACGGAGACAAUACCAUCAAUUUGAUCAGCAUGUUGGCGUUCGACGAGAAGAUGCGUCGGCAGCCGGAGCAGAACAAGCUGUACAAGUCCAUCAAACUUCAUGGGGCUGAGCACGGUACCAUUGUGACAGAGGACUGGGCGCUCAAGCGGGUCAUGCAAGAAAUCCUCGAAGCCAAUCGUAUUUGA